AAUACAUCUGAAAGCGGUGCUACAGCUCCAGAGAUCGAAAAGAAACCGUCUAAAAUAGUAACUAAAAUCGACAUGCCUCAAAGUAAUCCGGUUUUAGAAACCCUACCUUCGAACAUCUCCGAGAAAUUGGCGACAAUCUCCGAGAAUGCUGAUAAGAAUCAGGGUGAAUUACCCGAGUACGAAACUUCCGAGGGUAACAAAGUUCCGGGGUUGGAAGGUUCCGAGCACCCGCCUCCCGAGAUUGACGAAGGCCUAGUGAAGCUACUCGAUAAGCUACUGCUGUAUUUGCGUAUUGUACAUUCGCUGGAUUACUACAGUGGAGCUGAGUACUUGUACGAGGAUGACAUGCCUAAUAGAUGUGGCAUCAUUCAUAUCCGAGCUCCGCUGCCUGACAAAGUGAAUUAUGAGGAAGGUAUGAAUACUGAGCCCUACUGUAUGUACUAUUUAAAACAUGAGCAGCAGUGUUUUAUCAGAUGUCCUUACUGGAUCCCUAGGGAGAACAGUUUAGAACUAGUUUAGGUUUCGUACACAACUUGCAUGAUAUAUUUUUAUCUGUGUUUUUCUAGUUACGGAUUGGCAUAAGAACUUACAUCAGAAACUUGAUCAACAUUUACAAAAGAAAGAAACUCUUGCAGCUGAAGAAGCCGCGCGGUUAGGAAAGAAAGACGAAGAACAAUAUCCUUUUUUACUCUAAUCUUGUCCCGGGUCCAGCGGCUUCUUGUCAUUCACAAACCACGACAGGUUAUUGUAGAAUACUACCUACACUGGACCACCACGUUUGAGAGAUCUUUUUCAGGUAGUUCAGACACAAACCACGAUAGCUUAUUGUAGAAUACUACCUACACUGGACCACCACGUUUGAGAUAUUGUUUUCAGGUAGUUCAGACACAAACCACGGCAGAUUAUUGUAGAAUACAACCUACACUGGACCUCCACGCCAGAGUUUACACCACUGCAUAUUUCCUUAAUUUAUAUUCACGGAAUUGGAAAAGUUCGUGCAAGCUAAUACCCAGGAGCUGGCAAAGGAUAAAUGGUUAUGUCCUUUGAGUGGCAAGAAGUUCAGAGGCCCGGAGUUUAUUCAGAAACAUAUCUUUAAUAAACAUGGAGAUAAAGUAGAUGAAGUCAAAACUGAGGUAUGGGAUUUAUCUUGAAUCUUUAUGUAAAUUAAGUUAAACUUACUUUAUUUAUACUGGAUAGCUCUAUCAGUUCUAAACUGUUCUCCCUAGAGGUCCAGGAAGGAUCAUCUCUUAUUGAUCCAGUGUUACUACAGGAGGAACCUAAAACUAUACCUUAUUUAUACUGGAUAACUCUAUCUAUCUAGCACAUUUUACGGCACAGUCGGCUCAAGUUUAGGCCUUUUUAUGCCUACAACUUGAUUUAUUUCAAAAUCUGUGCUAAAGAAAUACUCUGCUCUGCAACUCGUGAACAUCACUUGAUUAUGUUCGUGUUACAAAUGUUCAGAGACAUUUCAGUUUGCUUACAUGCAUUAUCACUGACCGAAACUUCAAACAGUUUGUUUUCAGUGUAGGCCGGUAGUAUAGUAGCUAAACUAUUGUGAAUUAACAGUAUGAUGUGACUACACACGUAAAAACACACAAGUUGUAACAAACCUGCAGCAGACUUGUAGCAAUGCUGUUCCAACAACUCGUUAUCGUCCUGCAAUUCAAUAAUUUGUCAACAAGUUGUAAGUGACAACCUUGUAGCAACUUGAUAAAAUAACAGCAUUGUUACAAAUUGUUGACAAGUUUGCUACAAGCCUGUUGUGAACACAUCUUGUUGACAAGUUGUGAGAUUUUUCGUGUGUACAAAUAUGCCAAUAUGUCCUAAAUGUAACUUAGUUUACAGCUAAGUGCCGACAGAAUGUUCGCCAAGAUUGUAGCAUAACAAUUUAUACUUUUCUUAAUAAAUUUUCUAAGGUGACUUUCUUCAAUAACUUCGUGUACGAUCCAAGCCGUCCAAGUGAGAUUGUGGCGAAAGCUCCCGUACCGAACACUCCCGUACAGCAAGGUUUCCAGGGGGGAAUGGCACAACAUUCUGGUUUUCAGAACAACCAGGGAGGUUGGGGCCGUGGUAUGCAUUACGGUAAGUGGCAAGAUUUGAUUCCAGAAACAAAUCAUCUUACUUGAAGAGGCUGUUUGAAAUUGUGAAUAUUUGUUAAGAGACCAAAAUAUAUUGACUUGAACCUGAGUGAUAUGUUGUGUAUUACUGCCUACAGGUAACCGUGGCGGUUAUAACAAUCAAUUCCGUUCAGAUCAUUACAACAGAGGAGGAUUUCAAAAACCACGCAGGUAAAGACUUUAUCUCCAGCUUCAUUAUGUUUCUGACCAGCUCUCCUUCAUCUCUUCUUAUUACAUGUCCAUACCAUCACAGCCUUGCUUCCCUCACCUUCUCUGCAAUGUCUAUCACCCCACAUCUUCUGAUGUCUUCAUUCCAUAAUGUUUCUGACCAGCUCUCCUUCAUCUCUUCUUAUUACGUGUCCAUACCAUCUCAACCUUUCUUCCCUCACCUUCUCUGCAAUGUCUACCACCCCACAUCUUCUUCUGAUGUCUUCAUUCCAUAAUGUUUCUGACCAGCUCUCCUUCAUCUCUUCUUAUUACGUGUCCAUACCAUCUCAACUUUGCUACCCUCACCUUCUCUGCAAUGUCUACCACCCCACAUCUUCUUCUGAUCUCUUCAUUCCAUCAUGUCUCUCUGACCAGCUCUACUUCAGAUUUCUCAUGUUGUCAUUCAAAUAUUUACUCCUGUAUUUCCUCCCUAGGGGGAGUUUCAGCGGUGGAGGUCAAAGACACGACCCACGUCCUAUCGUCCAGUAUCGGGAUCUCGACGCCCCUGGAGACGACAACGAGUUCUUUUAAAAGGACGCAUAUCCUGUAGUUUAGACACCGAAUUCUAUGUUAAUACGCAUACCUAUGAUAGUGUAGUUUUCUAACUUUUUUUUUUGUAAAUGUCGUAUAGUUCUGCGUUUGUAUGAUGCUACAUAUUGUGGUCAACAAAUGUAUUGACACGUAGGGUAAGAAAAAUGAUGCCAAAUCUUUUCAUCGCAUAUAAUUUGCCACCAAACACAAGAUGAAUACAUAGAGUAAACAACAUAGUCACUCUGAUAACUUUCCUUCUAGAAUUGACCACUAUAUGUACUGCAUUGUUCCACUAAGUGAAAACAAUAUAUAAACUGAUAAACAGACGUUUAUAGGUAGUGGCUCAGUGAUGUUAUGUAGUUGUAGUUAAAGGUUUUAAAUUAGAGUUUUAAAACUUUUUAGAUAUAUAGUUACUUUUUUCCGUGUCCGCAAUACUUAUGUCUUAUUGAUCCCGUGUUACUGCAGGAG